AUGUCAGUGGUUAGCCUGGGUGGGGCUGUGAAUGGCUUGAAUCAAAAGUUUGAGCCUGAAGGGGUUGGCGUUCUUACUGAAGCUUCUUCUGUGAAAUGCACGCUGCAGGGUGCCGAUCGUUUACCUGAAUUCUUACAGGAUGGAGACUUUGUUAUUGGAGGUGUUUUCUCAAUUCAUUACCAGCAUUACACAUUGAUUCAUAAUUACACCACCAAGCCUGAGCCUCCAAAGUGCACGAGGAGCAUUAAUGCCCGGAGUCUGCGCUUCUCUCGUGCGAUGGUCUUUGCCAUUGAAGAGAUAAACAACAGCACAGAGUUGCUGCCCGGCAUCAAACUUGGAUAUCGGAUCUAUGAUUCAUGUGUCUCGGUGCCGGUGUCAGUGCACAUUGCAUUUCAGCUAUCAAAUGGCCAGGAUCCCGUGUUUUACAAAGGCAGUAACUGUUCACAGUCUGAAGUGGUGAUGGCUGUUGUUGGAGACUCUUCAUCCACUCCAUCCAUCAGCAUAUCACACAUCAUUGGGUCCUUCAACAUCCCUCUUGUGAGCUACUUUGCCACGUGUGCCUGCCUUUCAGACAAGCAGCAAUUCCCAACUUUUUUCAGAACAAUUCCCAGUGAUCAUUUCCAAGCUGAUGCAUUGGCUAAGCUGGUGAAAUACUUUGGAUGGACUUGGAUAGGUAUUGUCCACUCGGAUUCAGAUUAUGGAAAUAAUGGCAUGGUCUCUUUUCUUGAAGCAGCAAUGAAAGAGGGAAUCUGUGUGGAGUACAUUGAAUCCUUCUUUAGAACAGACUCACGGAGCAAGAUCCAAAAAGUCGCAGGUGUUAUCCAUAGAUCAACAGCACUGGUUGUUGUAGCAUUUACAGCUAUUGGGGAAAUGAAAGUCUUGUUAGAAGAGCUGGCCCAGGACCCUCCGCCACCUCGCCAGUGGAUAGGAAGUGAAGCCUGGGUAACUGACUCGAACUUGAUGAGCUUCAGUUUCUGUGCAGGGGCUAUAGGAGUAGCCAUUCAGCAAUCUGUCAUUCCGGGGUUCAGAGAUUUUCUUCUGGAUCUCUCUCUCUCUGAAGUGGCUGCCUCCCCACUGCUUACUGAGUUCUGGGAGGAUGCAUUCAACUGCAGCUUGACAAAAACAGCUUAUUCAGACAAGAGAGAGUGUGAUGGAACUGAAGACAUUAAAACCCUUAAAAGCCCGUACACUGAAACAUCUCAGUUGCGGAUCACUAACAUGGCAUACAAGGCUGUUUAUGCAAUAGCAAAUGCCAUGCAAAAUGCAGUGUGUAACAAAACAAAUGCAACAAUGCAAUGUAACAAACAUAUCAGACUGGAGCCCAAACAGGUUUUAAACAAAUUAAAAAAAGUGAACUUCUCCAAGAAUGGCUACCAUGUGUCAUUUGAUGCUAAUGGGGAUCCUGUGGCUUUUUAUGAAUUAGUAAACUGGCAGAAGAGUGAGAUUGGAGUUAUUGAACUGGUAACAGUGGGGCACUUUGAUGCAUCUCUGCCAGAGGGAGAGCAGUUCCAUAUCAAUGGGAACUUAACAUGGUUGGAUGGUCACACACAAGUUCCGGUGUCAGUGUGCUCUAAGAGUUGUUCUCAAGGAACUCGAAAAGUGUUGCAAACAGGAAAGCCCAUCUGCUGCUAUGAUUGUAUACCAUGUCCCGAAGGAGAGAUUAGUAAUAUAACAGAUUCUCCUGAUUGCUUCCCAUGCCCCAAAGAGUUCUGGCCAAACCCAAAGAAAGAUGCAUGUUUUCCCAAACAUGUGGAGUUUCUUUCUUUCAACGAAGGCCUGUCAAUCAUCCUGGCUGCAUUCUCUGUUAGUGGAGCCUGUCUGACCAUAAUAACAGCAGUGAUUUUCUUUUGUCACAGGACAACUCCAGUUGUCAGAGCCAACAACUCUGAACUGAGCUUCUUGCUGCUUUUCUCUCUCAUUCUGUGUUUCUUAUGUUCUCUAACAUUCAUCGGAGCACCAUCUGAGUGGUCUUGCAUGCUGCGUCACACAGCGUUUGGCAUCACCUUUGUCCUUUGUAUCUCUUGUGUUCUUGGGAAAACUGUAGUGGUUUUAAUGGCAUUUAAUGCUACACUUCCAGGAAGUAAUGCCAUAAAAUGGUUUGGUCCUCUACAGCAAAGAAUGACUGUAGUGUUUCUCACAUUAAUUCAAGUUAUAAUAUGUACUUUGUGGUUGGUUCUGAGUCCUCCUUUCCCAAUGAAAAAUCUAACCACCUACAAGGAGAAGGUCAUCCUGGAAUGUGCUUUAGGCUCUGCUGUUGGCUUCUGUGCUGUACUCGGAUACAUCGGCCUGCUGGCUGUAUUUUGCUUUGUAUUAGCUGUUCUCGCGAGGAAACUACCUGAUAAUUUUAACGAAGCCAAGAUGAUAACCUUCAGCAUGUUGAUAUUCUGUGCAGUCUGGAUAAGCUUCAUCCCGGCAUAUAUCAGCUCUCCUGGGAAAUUUACUGUGGCUGUGGAAAUAUUUGCCAUUCUGGCCUCCAGUUUUGGGCUGAUGCUGUGUAUAUUUGCUCCAAAAUGUUUCAUCAUUUUGUUUCAGAAAGAAAAGAACACCAAAAAGUAUGUAAUGAACAAAAAGUAA